GGAGUUCCAUGUAAUCUUGUGACUGGAGAGGAAAGAAGGGAAUUAAAAGGAAUUCAUGUACCUUUGACGUCUUCGACUAUUGAAAUGGUUAAUCUACAAAAGCAAGUCGAUGUAGCUGUUAUCGAUGAGAUUCAGAUGAUAAGUGAUCAACAACGAGGAUGGGCAUGGACGCAAGCCCUUUUGGGUUUACAAGCUAAAGAGAUUCAUAUAUGUGGAGAACCUUCGGCUGUACCACUUGUUAAGUCGAUUUGCCAAAGUAUCAAUGAGGACAUUGAGGUUCGGGAAUAUAAACGUCUUUCUACUCUUGAAAUAAGUCCAAAAUCUCUUGAUGGUGAUCUUAAAAAAAUACAACAAGGCGACUGCGUGGUAACAUUUUCCAGAAAAUCAAUAUUCAGUCUAAAGCAUGAGAUUGAAGCAGCUACUGGCCUUCGCUGUGCAGUUGCAUAUGGUAGUCUGCCACCUGGUGUGUGUGAAUACAAUUUUACAUUCCUUAUAUGUGGUAUUCUUAUCAAUAUUGAAAAUUUCUAUUUAGAAACUCGGUCGCAGCAAGCAAAGUUAUUCAAUGAUCCUAAUAGUGGGUUCGAUGUUCUUGUUGCAAGUGAUGCUAUUGGAAUGGGUUUGAAUUUGUAG